AGAGAACCCUGCUUACUUAUCAACUGAGAAAAUAUUAAAAUUAUAACUUGGUUUUCAAAAAUUCUAUUGUCUCAGGAGCUCAGCUUUCAGAAAGGAUUAAAACAAGGUGAGCCAACCAUGACUGGCAAAACACAGACCAGCAAUGUCACCAACAAGAAUGACCCCAAGUCCAUCAAUUCCCGUGUUUUCAUUGGCAAUUUAAACACAGCCAUUGUCAAGAAAGUUGACAUUGAAGCCAUUUUUUCAAAAUAUGGGAAAAUAGUCGGAUGCUCCGUUCACAAAGGUUAUGCAUUUGUACAGUACAUGAGUGAGCGGCACGCAAGAGCUGCCGUGGCUGGGGAGAAUGCCAGGAUCAUCGCGGGUCAACCGCUCGAUAUCAACAUGGCAGGGGAACCCAAACCAUACAGACCAAAACCCGGAAACAAGAGGCCCCUUUCUGCACUUUACAGACUUGAAUCAAAGGAGCCUUUCCUGUCUGUUGGAAACCUCAUUACUUCUUUGGUGCAAUUUUUACUUGAUCACAUUCAAGAUACACUACAGGCCACAUUCAACUUCAAAAUGAAAGUUAUUUCAUUGCAGUGCGGUUAUGUCUUUGACUAUGAUUACUACAGAGAUGAUUUCUACAAUCGGUUGUUUGAUUACCAUGGGCGUGUGCCUCCACCUCCCCGUGCAGUGAUCCCGCUGAAGCGUCCCAGAGUGGCUGUCACGACAACUCGCCGGGGGAAAGGAGUCUUUUCAAUGAAAGGGGGAUCAAGAUCUGCUGUCAGUGGGUCUUCCUCCUCAGGCUCUAAGUUGAAGUCAGACGAGCUACAGACAAUCAAGAAAGAACUAACCCAGAUCAAAACUAAAAUUGACUCCUUGCUAGGGCGCCUGGAGAAGAUUGAGAAGCAGCAGAAGGCAGAGGCAGAAGCUCAGAAGAAGCAGUUGGAAGAGACUAUAGAGCUGAUCCAAGAUGAAUGUGUGUCAGAGAAUGCAGAUCACUCUACAGAGGAGCCUGCUGAAGGAGGGCAAGAUGCGGAUGGAGAAGAGAUGACUGAUGGGAUAGAGGAGGACUUCGAUGAAGAUGGGGGUCAUGAGCUGUUUCUACAGAUAAAGUGAUCUGAAAUAAUAUAUGAUGACACAAAAACAGAAAAGAGAAACUGUGACAACCCCCAGAAAUGUGAAAGAAGGUUUCCUACUGGAUUGCAGCAUCUUUGAUUCGAUUUGUAUAAAAACCCAAAUAAAUAAGAUGGACAGUAUUGUUCAAUUUUAGAAAUUCCAUUUCUUCUAUGUUCUAAGCUGUAUAAUUGUCAGGUUUUUAUGGUUUAAAUUGUAGAUGUGUUUCCCUCUUGCUAAUUAUGUUUUUUUUUAAGUCUUAAACUGUGAAGGACAUUUAUGAAUGGUAAGAGAGACACUGUAUACAAAUGUAUAUUUGUAAAAGCUAUUUUUAUGAUUAGCAUGUCUCAUUGUUGACCAUAUAUAGAGUCAGGUGGUAUGGCAAUUCUACAUUUAAAGCUUAUUUACAAUAGCAUCAUGUAAGAAAAGAUACAUUGUAUGCUAGUUUUUAUAAUUUAUUUUUAAUUUAUAGUUUAAAGUACUUCAGAUCAUAAGGAUAAAAUACUUGAAAAAGUUAUAUUUCUGCCCUCUAUAAGCACCAUUUUUAUUAAUAAAGAAUGCAGUUAUUUCAGAUGUGAAACAACAGUUAACUGCUGGUUUGACCUGUGACUAAAUUGAGCAUGCUUCGCUCUACUGAACUGAAAUGAUCCAGUUAUUACCUAAUAUUUCAGUCUAGGCAUGAGAUUCCAUGGACAGGUUUAAAUGUUCACACAGGUGAGAACUAGAUUGACAAAGAAAAGAUUGUCUUGUCUUUGGAUCCAAAAAUCUCAAUUAGUUCAUACAUCACUUCACUUCAUCUCCUGUUCCUAGGAAUUCUUCAUUCCCAAGCAUUGCAAGUGUUUUCCAAAUACUCUUAGCUAUUGUCUUGUGCUGUGGAAAUGGAAUAAACCAUCUUCACAGACUGUAGAAUCCAGCAUAUAAUUUCUUAAUAAAUACUGUUUCUUUUAAAACAAA